AGGUUAUUAAAUGAGCAAAGUUUACAAAUAGCACAACUUUAAGGUAUUUGAAUGCUCGCUUACCAUCUUGUUUGCAUUGGUCCUAUUUUAUCACUGUUACCUUCUUAGUAAGAAUUAUUCUAAUAUAAUAAAUGGCUUUUCUGGAAGCUUAAUAAACAUCUUUGCUCUCCUGUUUGGAAACACUGUGCCAACAGUUGUCUCAGACAGCCUUCAAUUCCAUUUUCUCCCUUCAGAACAACGAUUGUCUCCUGGUCCUCCCUCCCCGGGAGGACUGUGAAGUGCCUUGCAUAUUUAAAUAGCUGGAAGUCAGGAAGUACACUGAGUAUUUUCCUCAAAGUGUCACGUGCUUGCCAUUCCAUGUAGGAAUGUGUUGGGUUUUGAUGUAAUUUCUUCCUCGCUCUUUGGGAUAUAAUCACUGUCGAAAGACUCUUAAGUGUUGCUCCACAAUUGUCAAAGAAAGCCUGUAGGCCUUUACCUCUGUUUGACAAUUUGAUGUUUCCUUAAAUGCUUUGUGUCCAUUCAUGAGGGUGAUGGUUUCAUUUGAAAUGCUGCAGUCACCAAGGAGAAGCUCUUGUGCUCUCUCCUGAUUGGCCAGCCUCCCCUCUGCCUCCUGUUGCUAUGGUGCCCAGCAGAGUAACUUCCUUGCCCUGUACAAGUAGGAGGCUCGGUCUCCAUGGAUACCCCACUCUGAGACUGUACUCCACGGAGAGAUGAGCUGAGCUGCACAUACUGUAUUUCUGCACAAGACAUACCCCAGCCUGAGGUGGGAGGCUGUUUGCAGAGGCAGUGUUUGCCAUGAAAGUCUACGGAGCUUAUCUUCUAAGUAGUGAAGCCGAUUUUAGCUCUUCGAGCAGCACCGGCAGCAUCUCGGCUCCUGAGGUCCCCAUGUCUGCCGCCGGGAGCAAGCGGUCCUCUUUCUCACGCAAUCGAGGUCCCCACGGGCGGAGCAAUGGAGCUUCGUCCUACAAGUCUGGCAACAGCCCACCGUCCCCGCGGGAGAAGGACCUUCUGGCCAUGCUUUGCAGGAACCAGCUGAGUCCCGUGAACAUCCACCCCAGUUAUGCGCCUUCUUCCCCCAGCAGCAGCAACUCCGGCUCCUACAAAGGAAGUGACUGUAGUCCUGUCAUGAGGCGAUCCGGAAGGUACAUGUCCUGUGGUGAAAACCAUGGCGUCAAACCCCCAAAUCCAGAGCAGUACUUGACCCCUCUGCAGCAGAAAGAGGUUACGGUGCGACACCUGAAGACCAAGCUCAAGGAGUCUGAGCGCCGGCUGCAUGAGAGGGAGAGUGAGAUCGUGGAGCUGAAGUCCCAGCUGGCCCGAAUGCGCGAGGACUGGAUCGAGGAAGAGUGCCACCGGGUGGAGGCCCAGCUGGCCCUCAAGGAGGCCCGGAAGGAGAUCAAGCAGCUCAAACAGGUCAUCGAAACGAUGCGGAGCAGCCUGGCCGAUAAAGACAAAGGCAUUCAGAAAUAUUUUGUGGACAUCAACAUUCAGAACAAGAAGCUGGAGUCGCUCCUCCAGAGCAUGGAGAUGGCGCACAGCGGCUCGCUGAGGGACGAGCUGUGCCUCGACUUCCCCUGUGAGUCCCCGGAGAAGGGCUUGGUCCUUGGCGCGGCCUUGGGGCCGACGGAGGAUGCUCUGUCUUCGGAGGAGCCGGCCACGGAGGAAGGGGCCGACAGCGAGCUGCUGGGGGCAGACGGCGCGGCCCCCGUCGAGGAUGUGUUGGAGGAGCUGGUGACAGGCGCCAUCCCGGAGCCGGAGCUGCCCGGCGCCGAGGUCGUGGCGCUGGGCGGCGAGGCAGCGGCGGUGGGCCGCGGAGGGCGCCGCGCGGUGGCGGAGCGGGCGGUGCAGACCGACGUGGUGCCCUACAGCCCGGCCUUCUCCGAGCUCCUCCGGCACGUACUCCGGCUGCAGGACCCCUGUCCCUCCUCCAGCGCCGCGACCCCCGACGAGGAGUCCGGGGACGACUCGACCGAUAGCUUCCCGGAGCCCAUCUCCGCCUUCGUGGUCGAUUUAACUCCCCGGAAUCCCAACUCGGCCAUCCUUUUGUCUCCUGUGGAGACCCCGUCCCCCGCGGCCGGUCCCGAGGCGCGUGGGAACCGCCUCAUGAGAGAGCUGGAUUUUGCGGGCUCGGAAGCAGCGGCGGCGGAGGAGGUGAGGCCAGACAGCCCGGGCCCACUGGCCCGCGCGGGGGGCAUCGCCGGGCGCUACUGGAGCCGCAGCUUCCUGGUGGAUCUGUUGGCCGUGGGGGCCCCCGUGGUCCCCACCGUGCUGUGGGCGUUCAGUACUCAGAGGGGGGGCACGGAUCCCCUGUACAACAUCGGGGCCCUGCUGCGGGGCUGCUGCGUGGUGGCCCUCCACUCGCUCCGCCGCACCACCGAGCACAUCAAAACCUAAAGAGAGAUGUGGCUUCGGGGGGGUGGGCCCGCCUGCCCCCGCCCGGUGCCGAGCGGUGUCCGGUGGAAAAGCCGCGGGGUCGACCGGUGGCUGGCCUGGUUCUGUCGUUCUUUGCUCCUCGGUAUUUGAUUUGCACUAUAUUUAGUUGAAAGCCUGUUCCCUGUUGAAAACCGGAGGUAUCUUCAAAGGCCUGGAGGCCUGGUUCGAGUCAAUGUCCCACCGGUGUGAUAGAGAAAGCAUGUUCGUGACCCUGCCCUUGUCGUCCGAGGUGCCCGUGCUUAUUAUCCUAGUGGUUCAGGAAGAGAAAAUGCAGAGUUUGCACUUUCAAGACAGCUUCUGGAAGGCUGGCAUGCUAUCUCCUUGCUUCGCUUUGUGCCGUUCUUCAAAAAUGUGUAAUUGUUAACAGCAUUCCAAUGGUCUUGUGCAUAGCAGGGGACUGUAACCAAAAAUAAAAAUGUAUUUGUGUAAUGGGUUCGAAGAAGUCUUGAAUAGCUCUUUAGUGUCUUACUUGGGGUUGAUAAGGUUUGAGUGUUUGCAGUUGUUUAUUUUUAACUAAAUGUAGCUCCAGAGUCUGAAAUGGCUUGUGUGUUCCUAAACCUGGUAAUUGAUGAAACUGUAUGUAAGGUUUACAUUGUAUUAACUUAUUUUUCGCUUAUUCUAUAUAGUGUUUUGUUGAAAAUCGUUUGUAACCACACACUUCAGCAUGAUAAAAUAAAGAUUAGUGUUUCCAUUGAAAUAAAUGUUCUAUCCUCCUAUAAAA